AUGAUGAGUCCUGAGGGGACCCAGCGCCGCUUCUCAAAGGGCCUGCUGCUCUCAGCCUCAGUCCUGGCCCUCUGGGUCCCCCAAGGCUCCUGGGCCGCCCUCCGCAUCCAGAAGAUUCCAGAGCAUCCUCAAAAGAACCAGGACCUUCUCCUGUGUGUCCAGGGCGUCCCGGACACCUUUCAGGACUUCAAUUGGUACCUGGGGGAGGAGGCCUCCGGCGGUACCAUGUUAUUCACCUACAUCCCGGAGCUCCAGCGCCCCCAGAGGGACGGCAGCGCCAUGGGGCAGCGCGACAUCGUGGGCUUCCCCAACGGCUCCAUGCUGCUGCAUCGCGCCCAGCCCGCCGACAGCGGCACCUACCAGGUGGCCGUCACCAUCAAUCCUGCCUGGACCAUGAGGGCCAAGACCGAGGUCCAGGUGGAGGAGAAGCACAAGGAGCCGCCCGUUACACACCUGCCCAUGAGCGCUGGGAUCCUGGUUGCCGUCAUUAUCGGAUCCCUUGCUGCUGGAUCCCUCUUCAUCGGGAGCGUGGCCCACCUCCUGUUAACAAGCAGCUGGAGGGGCCAGAGCCACAGAAUGCCUGCUCCAGGAGGCCAGGGGUCCUUGUCUGUCUUGUUCCCAGCUGUGUCCCCAGUGGCUUCAACGGGGCCCAGCCCACGGAUGACAACCCCAGAGAAACCAGAGACGCAACCCCGUCACAGUGCCGGUGACGAGAACAUCUACGAAGUGAUGCCGUCGCCGACCCUCCUGGUGUCCCCUCUCAGUGACACGGGGUCUGUGAACACCGCCUUGCCCCUGCCCUCACCCCUGCCCUCGCCCCCGCCUCGGGGGCCAGAGAACCACCACUACCAGCAGGACCUGCUGAACCCCGACCCUGCUCCUUACUGCCAGCUCGUGCCAAGGCCCUGAAGGGGCCCCAGAAAGGAGGAGCGAAAGCCUCAGCCUUCCCCUGGGGCCUGGCGCACAGGAAAGCCAUGCCGGAGACCCCGCCAGGGGCCGGCGGCCAACGAGGUGGACUCAGAGGAAGACUUGGGCAGGUGUCCUGGGCAGGGAAAAGAGACCGUGAUGGGCACAGUUCCUCUUGGACCCGCUGAGUGUACAGCCCACUCUCAAUUCUGGUCCUUCCACACCCUGGGCCGCUCGCCAGGGAAAGGCCGGCUCUGUCCUUGUCCCACCCAAAGUACCACCUCCCCCCGCUGCGUACCUGGGGGUGGGGAGAGAGGUCUCGGGCCUGCCUCUAGCCAGACCUCACAGGCGCCUACUUGGGGGACUUCUGUCAGCUCGCAACGCCCCACCCCUGCUCCCUGGUUGUCCUGGGAGCCCUUUCCCCUGGGGACAAGGCAACCCCCACCGCACAGGCCCCCGAAGGAUAAGGCGCAUGGCGGGGAGGGCUGGCCUCACAGACUGUGGCCCCGACGACAGACCUGCUCAGUUGCCAGCGGAGACCCCUUCCCUGCUCAGGCAGGGGUAGACCAGCCCCUCUCAGGACCCAGUCUUUCAGAACCUGUGGCCAAU